UCCAUGAAGGGAAAAGGGGAAGAAGGUUUCUGGCUUCCAUCCUUUAUCUUUUAUUUCUCCUUUCUUGACCAGGGAAAGGAACAUUCCUUGGAGCCACAUUUGUCAUGAAGAGAAACAAUAGGAAGAAGAAAUGCCCCGAAGAUGCUGAUCUGGCUGAACUCAUAGGGAAGGAAAGUGUCUAUCUUGCAUUUCAAAGUACCAACAUGGAGAAAAAAACAUAUACAGGUACUGAAUGUGGAAAGAACUUUAGCCAGCAGAGACUUCAUGAAAGAACUCACAGUGUUGAGAAACCAUACCCAUGUCUGGAAUGUGGGAAGAGCUUUGCUCAGAAUGGAAAUUUGCUUAGACAUCAGAGAACUCACACUGGUGAGAAACCCUAUACCUGCCUGGAAUGUAGGAAGAGCUUCUCGCAAAGUGGAUAUCUUCAUUCACAUCAAAGAACUCACACUGGGGAGAAACCCUAUGAAUGUCCAGAGUGUGGAAGGAGAUUCACUCGGAGUGUACAUUUACAGAGACAUCAAAGGAUUCACACUGGGGAGAGACCCAAUAACUGCCUGGAGUGUGGGAAGAGUUUUCUUCAGAGCGGAAAUCUACGUUCACAUCAGCGAACUCACACGGGGGAGAAACCCUAUGAAUGCCCAGAGUGUGGACGGAGAUUCACUCAAAGUGUACAUUUACGGACACAUGUAAGGAUUCACACUGGGGAGGAACCCUAUAAAUGCCAGGAGUGUGGAAAGAGUUUUAGUUGGAGUGCACAACUACAUUCACACCAAAGAACUCACACUGGUGAGAAACCCUAUAAAUGCCUGGGGUGUGGAAAGAGUUUUAGUCAGAGUGGAAAUCUAUAUUCACAUCAGAGAACUCACACUUGGGAGAAACUUUUUAAAUGCCUGGAGUGUGGAAAGAGCUUCGCUCGCAGUGGAGAUCUACAUUCACAUCAAAGAGCUCAUACUGGUGAGAAACCCUAUAAAUGUCUGAAAUGUGACAACAGCUUCGCUGACAUUGGAGAUCUACGUAAGCAUAAAAGAAUUCACACUGGGGAGAAACCCUAUGAAUGUCCAGAGUGUGGAAAGAGAUUCACUCAGAGUGGAAGUUUACAGAGACAUCAAAGGAUUCACACUGGGGAGAAACCCUACAAAUGCCUGGAGUACGGAAAGGGGUUUAGUCGGAGUGAAGAUCUACGUUCACAUCAGAGAACCCACACUGGGGAGAAGCCCUAUACGUGCCUGGAAUGUGGAACGAGAUUCACUCACAGUACAAACCUAUAUAGACAUCAAAGAGUUCACACUGGGGAGAAACCUUAUACAUGUCUGGAAUGUGGCAACAGCUUUGCUGGCAGUGGAGAUCUACAUAAGCAUAAAAGAACUCACACUGGGGAGAAACCUUAUAAAUGUCAAGAGUGUGGAAAGAAUUUUGUGCAUAGUGGAGCUCUACAUUCACACCAAAGAACUCACACUGGUGAGAAACCCUAUAAAUGCCUGGAGUGUGGAAAGAGUUUUACUCAGAGUGGAAAUCUACGUUCACAUCAGAGAACCCACACUGGGGAGAAACCCUUUAAGUGCCUGCAGUGUGGAAAGAGCUUCACUCUUAGUGGAGAUCUACAUUCACAUGAAAGAGCUCAUACCGGUGAGAAACCCUAUAAAUGUCUGGAAUGUGGCAAGAGAUUUGCUAGCAUUGGAGAUCUACGUAGGCAUGAAAGAACUCACACUGGGGAGAAACCCUAUGAAUGUCCGGAGUGUGGAAAGAGAUUUACUCACAGUGGAAGUUUACAGACACAUCAAAGGAUUCACACUGGGGAGAAACCCUUUGAAUGUUCGGAGUGUGAAAAGAGAUUUACUCACAGAGGAAGUUUACAGAAACAUCAAAGGAUUCACACUGGGGAGAAACCCUAUGAAUGUCCGGAGUGUGGAAAGAGAUUCAAUCAGAGUGGAAGUUUACAGAAACAUCAAAGGAUUCACACUGGGGAGAAACCCUACGAAUGCCUGGAGUGCGGAAAGCGUUUUAGUCGGAGUGGACAUCUACGUUCACAUCAGAGAACUCACACUGGGGAGAAACCCUAUAAGUGCCUGGAGUGUGGAAAGAGCUUCACCGACAGUACAAAUCUACAUAGACAUCAAAGAGUUCACAUUGGGUAGAAACCCUAUAUAUGUCUGGAAUGUGGAGACAGCUUUGCUGUCAUUGGAGAUCAACGUAAGCAUUAAGGAACUCACACUGGGGAGAAACCCUAUAAAUGCCAGGAGUGUGGAAAGAAUUUUGUGCAUAGUGGAGCUCUACAUUCACACCAAAGAACUCACACUGGUGAGAAACCCUAUAAAUGCCUGGAGUGUGGAAAGAGUUUUACUCAGAGUGGAGAUCUACAUUUACAUCAGAAAACCCACACUGGGAAGAAACUGUAAAUCUCUCGCAUGCGGUCAGAGCUUCCCUGAGAUUGGAGAGCUACAUCAACAUAAUAGAACCCAUCUUGAGAAGAAACUAUAUUAGCAGUCUCCAUGUUUCUAACAAGUUUGGUUCUGUAGGUGUGUUCCUAAGGUUAAUUUUAAGUAUAACUACAUCCAAAUGUUAUGUAUGUAUGUAGAUAGAUAUAUG